UGUGGUGGGGUUAGAGGUCAGAAACUGAGACCGACUCCCCGUUUACCGUUUCUUUACGGUUCUGCUGUUGCAUCCCGGGACAAUGUGACCCUGCACGGAUCACCUUCAUUAGCUAGUUGGAAACCGUUACGAAAGUUUUGUUCGGUCGACGUGCACGGUUGAGCGUUUCAAGAGAAGUGCCCACAUUAGCGUCCCCUGCUGCGUUACAGCUACCCAUUUAGACGGCUGCGGCUUGCCACAGCAGCGGGAGUCCCUACACCGCAGCAUCAAGGGUCGCCUACCUCUCCCUCCCCGGCAGCUCCAUCGAGCCAUGCGACAGUGGUGCCUCCCGGCUGCGUCACCGCGAACCGAGCCUCUGCCCACAGGGCGCCUCUCACCCCCGCUGUCAGAUGUCAGGAUGGAGUGUUGUGAGGUGGAGCCGCGCUAUACCAUCGAGCAGAUCGACCUCCUUCAGCGUCUCCGUCUCUCAGGGAUGACCAAGCCACAGAUCAUCCAGGCUUUAGCAUCCCUAGAGCGGCUAGAUCCCGACCAUCGCCCCCCGUACUGCAACGACACCCACACCGCCAACCCCACAACCAACACUACCCCUACCACAGCCUCCGCCCCAGCCUCCUCCUCCUCCUCCUCUUCCUCCCUCUCUUUGGCCUCCGUCACCACGCAGACACCCGGGCUGGAUGGCGCCUCCCUGUCGCCUAGCAACAGCUACGAAACCUCGCCCCCGCCGCUGUACCCCCCGGCAGUUGGAGUUCAGAGGUCAUUCAGCUAUGACAUCAUGGCGGAGGAGGACUGGGACCUGGAGGAGAAGGUAGAGGAGUACAUGAGGAGGGACAGUAACCUGGUGAAGGAGGAAAUCAAAACCUUCCUCAACAACCGCAGGAUCUCCCAGGCCAUCGUGGGACAGGUCACAGGUAUCAGUCAGAGUUACAUCUCCCAGUGGUUGCUGCAGCAGGGCUUGGAGAUGAGCGACUCCAAACGCAGAUCUUUCUACCGCUGGUACCUGCUAGAGAAGAACAACCCAGGGCUGAGGUGGAGUGAAAGCCAGCAUGGCCCGGCGGGUCUGGGCCUGGGGCUCAGUGGUCUCGGCCAGGGGCUGGGCCAAAACCUGGGCUCUGGACCCAGGGCAGCCAGGGGAGGGGACAGAGACGUCACGGGGACGGGCAACGCCGCCACGGGCGCCACGGCCACUACAGCCGCGACCGCCUCCACCACCUGGGGCAGACAGAGAGAGCUGCUGAUGCACCUGCUGCCAUGGUACACUGCAGCCUCCUCACAGCCAGGUGCUACCCUGUCGAUGCGCUCCCUGGUGAAGGAGGAGCCUGAUUGGAGGACAGGGGUCAGCCCCGGGGAGAGGGGCGGGGUGGCGGGCGGUCCUCUUAGGCUGCGGAGGGGAAGCAGGUUCACCUGGAGGAAGGAGUGCCAGUCCAUCAUGGAGAGUUUCUUCAUGGAGAACCAGUACCCUGACGAGGCGAAGAGAGAGGAGAUCGCUAACGCCUGCAACUCAGUCAUCCAGAAACCCGGAGGCAAGCUGUCUGAGUUUGAGCGUGUCACGGCUCUGAAGGUGUACAACUGGUUCGCCAACCGCCGGAAGGAGAUGAAGAGGCGGGCUAAUAUAGAGGCGGCCAUCUUGGAGAGUCAUGGUAUCGAGGUUCGCAGCCCGAGCUGUCACUCCAACGGGGAGGAGCUGGAGCCACAUGACUACGCAGAGCAAGUAAAUCAACGAUUCUCAGAGCAGGAAGAGAUUUCAUCCAGGAAGGACCUUGAUCAACAAGACCCCUCCUCAUUGGCUGCCGUCAAUGUCCUUCCCCCUCCUAGCCCCGCCCCUCAGGUCCUGGAACACAAAGCUGACGAAUCGAAAAGGGAGACUGUGGAUGAGGAGUGACCUAUGGGAGAAGAACGUCACUAAAGUGUGGAUUUUUACAUAUAUAAGGGAUUUUUUUAAAGAAAAGAAAGAUGACUGCUCUGAGUGUCUGUUCCCCUGUAGGUCUUCAGGGGUUAUGACUGCUCUGAGUGUCUGUCCUCCUAGAGGUCUUCAGGGGUUAUGACUGCUCUGAGUGUCUGUUCCCCUGGAGGUCUUCAGGGGUUAUGACUGCUCUGAGUGUCUGUCCUCCUGGAGGUCUUCAGGGGUUAUGACUGCUCUGAGUGUCCUCCUAGAGGUCUUCAGGGGUUAUGACUGCUCUGAGUGUCUGUCCUCCUAGAGGUCUUCAGGGGUUAUGACUGCUCUGAGUGUCUGUCCUCCUGGAGGUCUUCAGGGGUUAUGACUGCUCUGAGUGUCUGUCCUCCUAGAGGUCUUCAGGGGUUAUGACUGCUCUGAGUGUCUGUCCUCCUAGAGGUCUUCAGGGGUUAUGACUGCUCUGAGUGUCUGUCCUCCUGGAGGUCUUCAGGGUUUAUGACUGCUCUGAGUGUCCUCCUGGAGGUCUUCAGGGGUUAUGACUGCUCUGAGUGUCCUCCUGGAGGUCUUCAGGGGUUAUGACUGCUCUGAGUGUCUGUCCUCCUGGAGGUCUUCAGGGGUUAUGACUGCUCUGAGUGUCUGUCCUCCUAGAGGUCUUCAGGGGUUAUGACUGCUCUGAGUGUCUGUCCUCCUGGAGGUCUUCAGGGGUUAUGACUGCUCUGAGUGUCCUCCUGGAGGUCUUCAGGGGUUAUGACUGCUCUGAGUGUCUGUCCUCCUGGAGGUCUUCAGGGGUUAUGACUGCUCUGAGUGUCUGUCCUCCUGGAGGUCUUCAGGGGUUAUGACUGCUCUGAGUGUCUGUCUGUUCCCCUGGAGGUCUUCAGGGGUUAUGACUGCUCUGAGUGUCUGUCCUAGAGGUCUUCAGGGGUUAUGACUGCUCUGAGUGUCUGUCCUGGAGGUCUUCAGGGGUUAUGACUGCUCUGAGUGUCUGUCCUAGAGGUCUUCAGGGGUUAUGACUGCUCUGAGUGUCUGUCCUCCUAGAGGUCUUCAGGGGUUAUGACUGCUCUGAGUGUCUGUCCUCCUAGAGGUCUUCAGGGGUUAUGACUGCUCUGAGUGUCCUCCUAGAGGUCUUCAGAGGUUAUGACUGCUCUGAGUGUCUAUCCUCCUAGAGGUCUUCAGGGGUUAUGACUGCUCUGAGUGUCCUCCUAGAGGUCUUCAGGGGUUAUGACUGCUCUGAGUGUCCUCCUAGAGUUAUUCAGGGGUUAUGACUGCUCUGAGUGUCCUCCUAGAGUUAUUCAGGGGUUAUGACUGCUCUGAGUGUCUAUCCUCCUAGAGGUCUUCAGUGGUUAUGACUGCUCUGAGUGUCUGUUCCCCUGGAGGUCUUCAGGGGUUAUGACUGCUCUGAGUGUCUAUCCUCCUAGAGGUCUUCAGGGGUUAUGACUGCUCUGAGUGUCUGUUCCCCUGGAGGUCUUCAGGGGUUAUGACUGCUCUGAGUGUCCUCCUAGAGGUCUUCAGGGGCUAUGACAGUCAGAGUUAAUAGUGGAAAGGGUGCUACAGGUCGCUCUGGUGCCUCUAGUGGUAGGGAGGCCACUGUAUGUAUACAGUAAUCAUGCUUUAUAGUAAUGGCAAUAUUUAUCUCUCUCUAUAUAUAUAUAUAUAUAGUGCAUUCCAAGACUGUCUUAAACGAAAAAAAACAACUCCUUUGAAGGAAGAGGGUUGUACCGGUAAGCGGAUUUAUCGGCCCUUCUAUAAGCUAAAAGCCUUUCUUUAAAAAAUGUAUUUGCGAUUUUUCUUUUUAAAAGGUAUUGACGAGUGGUUGUGUAAAAUGGAACUGGAGCUAAGUGGAGGGAGGAAGGAAUGUUUUCAACCUGCAGGUCAGGUGUGUUUGAUGAUAAGGUGAGUCCGGUGUGUUUGGUUGAAGCAAGCGAGGCUGAGUUUGGUUGAUCUUUGUUAUGACGAUAGUGUUUUUAAGAUAAUAUCAGCAUGAUAAUAUCCGCCUUUCUCUGCUCGCUUGAAUGUCUGACCUGAUCUUAGUAACCUUUGUUAGACUUUGGGCUCAAUCUAUCGAUCCGUCAAGUGAUCGAUCAAGUAGUCUGGUCAGUGUUAAGAGUCCAACCCUGAGGGACAAACGGAAUCUCAGGUAAACCCAAACAUGGUGGAUGGAGGCUGAUGAAUCGUCCAAUAUUUCUCUGUAGUAAAGCUUGUUCAAAGGAAUGUUUCAUAUCAUAUAAUGAUAUUGACUGUUUUCUGCCAAAACAUGAGCACCCAGUGAGCAGAAAUGGGUUGAGAGGACGUCUUUUUUUUAAACUUGUUUUCCUCACUGCAUCUACUAUGUAUUAUGUACAGUUGAAGUCUGAAGUUCACAUACACCUUUAGCCAAAUACAUUUAAACUCAGUUUUUCACAAUUCCUGACAUUUAUAAUCCUAGUAAAAAUUCCCUGUUUUAGGUCAGUUAGGAUCACCACUUUAUUUUAAGAAUGUGAAAUGUCAGAAUAAUAGUAGAGAGAAUUAUUUAUUUCAGCUUUUAUUUAUUUCCUCACAUUCCCAGUGGGUCAGAAGUUUAGUAUUUGGUAGCAUUGCCUUAAACAAUUUAAACUUGGGUCCAAUGUUUCGGAGAGCUUUCCACAAGGUUCCCACAAUAAGUUCCUCCUGACAGAGCUGGUGUAACUGAGUCAGGUUUGUAGGCAUCCUUGCUCGCACACGCUUAUUUAGUUCUGACCACACAUUUUCUAUAGGAUUGAGGUCGGGGCUUUGUGAUGGCCACUCC